AUGGAGAAGUUAUUGUGUGCGGAAUCCGAAUGCAUUCGGAUUCCAAUCACCAUGCGCCACGUCACUGGAUGCAUUGGGCCCCAGAGUGCAUCAGUUGAUGUGGCAAGCUCCAUUUCUGAGAUUGAGAGGACCACAAAGAGAGCCAAUUUUGUAAAUUCUUUUCUUUCUUGUCCUGGAAACCUUUUCGAUGCAAUUUUCAGCUGGGUUCAAAGUAAGCUCAAUGGGAAACAAGGAAGUAGGUUUGAUGUUGGCCCAAGCUCUUCUCACUAUACUACAAAGAGAAAUUCAUGCAGACAAGAAUUCAAAGACUUUCCACAAACAUUUUUGGCAAUUGGGACAUUUGGAAACAAUGACCUGCAGGAAGAUUCACAAAUGGCACAAAGUUCUUAUGAAACUCUAGAAUUAUUACAUAAAAUUUCAGACCUGAACAUUGAAGAGGUGAUCAAAUUGCAGCAAGAAAUAAGCAAACUACUAUGUCUCCAGCAAAUUUCAAGCACAGGUGGAGCGGAUUUCUCGCUGAAUAACUCUCUAAACAGCUCCUUAACUCUGGAAGCAGACAACAUUUCUUCACUAAAAAUCUGCAAGGAAUCUAAAGAUGAUUCUGACGAUUCCAAGAUCACCUUAAACAAACUCAAAGACCUGCUUUCUGAUAAUCACAAUGGGAUCAGGCAAAGGUCUCUCUCUUUCCUUCUCAAGAAAAUGUUUAUAAGCAGAAGCUGCUUAUCAACACAGCAAAGUUUAAGGAACUCGAUUUCUGAAUCAAAAGUGGAAAAGAUCUUGAGGAAAAUAAUUCACAAAAAGAUUCAUCCCCAAACUGUACCUCGACCACCAUCAAUGAAGUACUUGCAGAAAAACAAAGAAGAAGAGAAGGUAGAGGAUGGAUGCAAAUGGAUCAAAACUGAUUCAGAAUAUAUAGUUCUGGAGAUAUAA